AUGGAUUAUGGAAGGAGUUCUUUCGAUGGCCUUGUAAGUAAUUCAUGCAACUUGUCGCUUAUCAGUGCUUCUGUCCAAAGAAAUAGCAGUGCCACAAUCAUUCUUGCUGGAAUAUUGGAAAAUAUGCGAAAAUUAUACGAGACAGUGAAAAAAGCUCAAAUGGUAGUUCAAGUUGAAGCAGUAAAAGUAGCAGAGUUUGAUGGUUAUUGUGAAGGUGAGCUCAUAAAGGUAUUCACUCUUUCUGGUAAUCAACAACCUGUUCGAACUGAAAUUACAGAAGCAGCUAUGGAACUAGGAGCUGAAAAAGUUUCCCUUUUAGUUACUGAGGCGUACAAAGAUGCACAUCAGAAAAGUGUGCAGGCAAUGAAGGAGAGAAUGAACAAUCUUGCUUCUAGUUUAGGGAUGCCACCAGGCUUGAGUGAGGGCCUGAAGUGAAGCUUCUAAAUUGAUCUGAAAUAUGACUCGAUGUCUUGAAUUGUGUAAUGUUCUUUUGUAUUGAUAAGCAAUGAGUAGUUCCAAUUCUUUUGAAUUGCUGGCUAAUCAGAGAAUCGA